AAUUACAAAGAAACAAAACCGAAAGUUUUAAUUCUCUCUUCUGCUUUUGUCCAUCUUUAGCUUGGCCGUUUGACUCUUGUAAUUUAAACCAUUUAAAUUCAUAUUCCGUUUUCCAUGGGUGCAACACAUCUUCUUCUUUGUCUGUCUUUGUUUGCGGUGUUAGUGCAAGGACAAAAUUGCAAUUUUUUUGAAGGGAGUUGGGUCGUCGACAAUGCUUACCCUCUUUAUACGAAUUGUCCGUUCGCCAGUGAUAUCUACAAUUGCCAGAAAUUUGGUAGGCCUGAUAAGGCUUACCUCAAUUACAGAUGGAAGCCCACUGCCUGUGAACUCCCCAGGUUUAAUGGUCUGAAUUUCUUGGAAAAGUUCCGAGGCAAGAGCAUCAUGUUCGUGGGAGAUUCUAUCAGCCGAGACCAGUAUGAAUCCUUCAUAUGUAUGAUUCAUUCUGCAGUACCUAACGCCACGUACAGACAGACUUCAAGAGGACAUAUCAUUAUAUUUGAGAUACCGGAGUAUGAGGUUAAGGUGAUGCGCGAUCAAAACGUGUAUUUGGUAGAUCUUAUGAAAGAACAAGUUGGUCAAGUUUUGAGACUCGACUCCAUACAAGAUGGCAAAUCAUGGCUAGGGAUUGAUGUGCUUGUCUUUAAUUCAUGGCAUUGGUGGAACCGCAAGACAUGGGAUUAUAUAGAAGUUGGAGGCAAGUAUGUAAAGGAUAUGAAUCGUUUUGUUGCUCUAGAGACUGCCCUUACAACAUGGGCACGAUGGGUGAAGGCCAACAUUAAUCCCCAAAAAACAACCGUAUUUUUCCAAGGAGCUUCUCCAACUCAUUACAACGGCAGCAUGUGGAACGAGCCUAAGGCAGAUAAAUGUAUAGGACAGACACAACCGGUGCUGGGAACCGUAUAUCCCGGAGGCAUACCACCGGAGUUGGGUGUACAAAAGAAGGUAUUAAGUACGGUUAGCAAUUUGGUUAAAGUUUUUGAUACAACAUACAUGUCACUGUUUCGCAAAGACGGGCAUCCUUCAAAGUAUAACCCAGGUGGAAAUACAGGCGGGGUGGAUUGCCUCCAUUGGUGCCUUCCAGGGCUUCCUGAUACUUGGAAUGAAAUUCUUUACAAUCUUAUUAUUUCUUGAUUUAUAGGAGUAAAUUGUAUUUGAUUUC